AGCAACAUCCCCUCCCAUACAUGUCGGUUCACAAACAACAUUCUCUCCCAUACAUGCCGGUUCACAAGCAGCAGGGGUGUCAACACCAUCACACAUGUCCUCAAUGAGUGAAAAAGAUUUCCGGCUAGUUUUGAGAGACAUUGCUAAAAAUAUGAGGACAGAUGAGGAAACUGACAACCUAGGAUUGGAACUGGGAAUUCAUCAAGCUGAUAUCAAUGGCUCCAAGGUCGAAAACCGACACGGUAUAGAUUACAAAGGGACCCAUAAUAUGCUAAUGAAUUGGUCGAUGAAUCAAGAGCCGACAGAGGUGUUAAAGAUUUUAAGACAGGCCCUGGAUUCAGAGGGGGUCAAGAGGAAAGAUCUAUAUGAGUGGAUUUCUUCAAUGCCUGACGUCGUUGAUAUGGGAACAACAACAACUGCAGAAGCACGAGCAGCAGGGGUGUCUACGCUAUCACAGACUAAUCUGGUAUCAGAUAGAAUACUUGACAAACUAUCGAGACACAUGCCUCCUAAGACUUACACAUCGCUAUGCACAGAACUUGACAUCGGAUACUACGAAGCCAUAGGCAUCCUAAUGAAGUUUAACAAUAACUACCCAAUGGCUACGAGGGAUUGCUUGGCACAGUGGAAGACAAGGACUGGUGGUGAUAUGGCCCAGCUUAAGACCAUCCUUAUGGCUGCAGGGGUUAGAAAUUUAGUGAACUUACAUGACUCGGACGGCUCAAAUGACUCGAAUGGCUCGGCCAACUGAAAUGACUCAGACAACUCCUCUGACUGGCGCAGCUCAAAUGACUUGUAUGUCUCGGCCAACUAAAAAGACUCGGACAACUCGGGAUAAUUUUUGCUGAUGUUUUUAAACGUUUGAAUAUUCGUUAAAAGGUUGUUUCUUUUUUCACCUUUUUAUACUACCUCGUGUUGGUGUUUAAAUUCUACGAGAAAGAGAUCAUGAUAUUGUCAAAAUGUUCGAAAACAUGUGAAAGGCCCAAAUAGAAAGUGAUGCAAAUAAUAGGAUAUGUUUUGUGAAUGUGUACUUAAUAAGCCCGAAAAAGAGAUGCAUCAAGAGCCCAUUGUGUUCAUAUUUUAUUGCAGAAAGGGGUUAUGUUGUGUGGAAAAUGUUUUGAACAUGCUCUGAAUAGGUGGUCAAUUUUGGCUAUAACUACCGGUACAUCCUGCCUGUGUAUAGAAUGUGACAAACACGGGGGCUAGUAGUUAUAAUAAUAAUAACGGUGGCUUCUGAUGCCAUUCAUACAAUGACACUUAUACUCCUGGCGCUCAAACAUUAUUAGCCUGGUACUAGGUGGCAGCCAAAUAUAUGUUGCCCUUUGGUAUAUCGGGUGCCCAUUUAUACCUGGGUAGAGAUUGGCAAACGUGGAUUAAGUGCCUUGUCAAGGAUGUUAGUGCAUUAGACAGUUUAUGUAGUGCAUGUACCAACUACCAGGUAUAUGUGUAUUGUAGAAUUUACCAUUUUGUUUUAGGUGAUAUCACUAUGAACAUGACAGACAAAGAAAGCGGACAAAAUAUACA